GCCGUGCCCACCGCUUUACUAGGUCUAAGUGUUGUGUGUCUGUGAGAAGCGAAACUUUCGCUUGCACAGCAAACCAGUUGGACUUCUAGAUAAAGCACAAAGCCUCUUAAUACAGAUUCUAUAGCUCUCCUCUUUAAAACACAAAUCAGUUAAGUGAUGGGAAAUUCUAAUGGCAGCACCGUGGACGACCUGCAGGCCGUUGAAAUGCAUCUUUGGUAUAAGAAGUUCAUGACUGAGUGUCCAUCUGGUCAACUCACGCUGCAUGAGUUUAAGCAGUUCUUUGGUCUCAGAGGUCUGGAUCCAGAAGCUAAUGCCUACAUUGAACAGAUGUUCCGCACUUUUGACAUGAACAAGGAUGGCUAUAUUGACUUCAUGGAGUAUGUGGCAGCUCUCAGUCUAGUAAUGAGAGGCAAGAUGGAGCACAAACUAAGGUGGUAUUUCAGACUUUAUGAUGUGGAUGGCAACGGUUGCAUAGAUAGACACGAGCUCCUAAAUAUUAUAAAGGCCAUCCGUGCCAUCAAUGGAAGUGAGACGCAGGAAUCCAGUCCUGAGGAAUUCACAAAUCGAGUGUUUGAUAGAAUCGACAUCAAUGGAGAUGGGGAGCUUUCAUUGGAGGAGUUUGUUGCAGGGGCUCGGAGUGAUGAAGAUUUUAUGGAAGUGAUGAUGAAGAGUUUAGACCUCACACACAUAGUGGCCAUGAUCCAUAACCGGAGACACAGCAUAUAAGCACCUGUCCAUAUUCAAAGAUGUCAGUUCAUGCUGUUUUUCAGAUUAAACUUGUUUUCAGUCUCUUACCUGAUAUAAAA